AUGAGAGAAGAAGAUAAUUCCUCGGAUCAUAGUAGUGUCGAAUUCAUCAUGAAAGAUCACCACCAUCAACAUCAACCUCCAUCUUCUUCUUCUCUUCCCGGAAAAAAGAGAAAAGAAACCGAAUCAUCAUCAUCAGGUAUCAUCAACAACGAUAACAACAACACUCCUCGUGCUUGUACUGAAUGCGGCAAGAAAUUCUGGUCAUGGAAAGCUCUUUUCGGUCACAUGCGCUGUCAUCCUGAACGUCAAUGGCGCGGUAUCAAUCCUCCUCCAAAUUUCCGACGACACCAACAACAGCAUUAUCGACAACAACCGUAUACUCACAGUCACAGUCAUAGUUACGGUACUACUUCUUCCAUGACGCCGGAAGAUCACGAAGUUGCUGCUUGUUUGCUUUUACUUGCAAAUUCAAAUUCGAAGAUGAACAACAACAGUAUCAACAAAACGGCGAAGCUUAAGGCGGUUGCGGCGGUUACUACGGUUGGUACUACGGUGGAUGAUUCAUCUUCGGUUAUGGAUCAAGAGAAUAAUAAUAAUGCUCAUUUUGUGUGUUCGUGUUGUAACAAGGUGUUUGGAUCGCAUCAGGCUCUUGGAGGACACAGAGCAAGUCACAAGAAUGUGAAAGGCUGUUUCGCCAAUACAACAACUUCUUCACCACCACCACCAACAACAACAACAGUAACCGCUUCCGGUAGUAGGAUGCUGACGUGGACACAACAAACUCAAGGCGGAGGAGGAGAUCAUGCUUUUGUUAGUGGUGGUGAUCAUGAUGAAUAUAACCACCACCAGGCGAUGAUGAAUUUGAUGACGGUGCCGCGUGACGGUUACAAUGCUGACGUGGAAGGGGAAACGGUUAUUGAGAGUAGUGGAGGAGGGGGAGGACAUAAGUGUGGUAUAUGUUUGAGGGUAUUUACAACUGGACAAGCACUUGGUGGACAUAAGAGGUGUCAUUUUGAUUCAUCUAAUUCCAUUGCUGCAACGACUUCUAACAAAUCAUCAUCAUCUCUUAAUGUUGAUUUGAAUUUCCCUUUUCCACCUCUUCCUCCUCCACCUCCUGAUCAUGCUGAUCCUCCUCUCACUCUUGAUUUAAAGUUAGGACUUUGA